AUGCCCGUCGGUUCAAGUGUUCAGGCGGUUCUGGGGUGCGUGCUGGUCGCGGUCGUGCUCCUGGCCCAUGGCGCCCACGGACAGACGGCCCAGGGAAGCUGGAAGACCGGGCGAAGCACCUUCUACACCGACAUCGACCAGGGCAACUGCGGCUUCGGCGUCCUCUCCUCCACCAAGUUCCCCUAUCGCUACAUUGCCGCGGCCAACACGGCCUUCUACGCCAACUCGGCGGCGUGUGGCCAGUGCUUCGAGGUCAAGUGCACCGGGUCGGCCUAUCUGGCCAACGCCUGCGUCAACGGCAGCGUGGUCGUGGAGGUCACCGACCAGUGCCCGUGCGACGGCAACGCCCAGUGGUGCUGCGGCGACGCGGUCCACUUUGACCUGAGCGCCGGCGCCUUCGGCAAGAUCGCCAAGACCGCGGCGGGCGUGGUCACCACCCAGUACCGGCCCGUGACGUGCCCGGUGCAGGGCCAGCUGCAGGUCAAGAUCAAGGACGGGUCCAACCCGUGGUGGUUCGCCCUGCUGGCCACCAACGUGGGCGGCUCGGGCGCCGUGACCAAGGUCGAGGUGCGCAGCAGCGGCACGACUGGCUCGUGGCUCGAGGCGACGAGGCAGGACUACAACUACUGGCUGGCGACGUCGGGCUCGGGCCUCCAGUUCCCGCUGGGCGUGCGCGUGUGGCAGGGCUCGGUCAAGAACGUGAUGGGCACCAUCACGUCCAUGUCGGCCGGCGCCACCUUCUCCCUCUCCGCCAACUUUGCCUGA